AUGAAAAAACGGCGAGCUGAUUCAUCCGGCGUCCGUUUCACUUUCAUCCUCUAUGAAAAUCAACGUCGUUGGUUGGGCAUUGGUUGGACUUAUUCACUCUUCACAUAUGAGCGUGCCGCAUGGACGGAUGAGCAUCUCAAUCCUGUUCCACAAAAGGACGACUUUGAACUGCCUGAAGUAGAAGGCGGAAGUGCGAGAUGGAGAUGGGUACCUGGAAGUGAAUGGCGGAUCGACAACAGCCCGUCCGAUGUCCCUACCAAAAAGUCCUCGAAAUCAAUUCAAAACACUAGCGGGAAUGGUGCUGGCGAGGAUGAGGGCUGGAUAUACUACGAUAACAAAUGGAACGAUGGCCGCCGUGGCCAAGACGGCUGGGGCAGGUACACAAGGCGGCGGAAAUGGUGUCGAGAUGCUGAGCUCGUGGAAGUAUCUCCCAGCACAGAAGUCACUCCUCCACCCUCUCCCACUCCAGAGAAGGGCCCAUCAUCCUCUUCAUCACAGUCAAUCAAACAUCAGUACGAAGAUAACCUCUUAGAGACGGAAAGAAACAAUUGUCCGCCAUGUGACUCCUGCAAGGUCCGCAAGCGGCGUUGGUUCGGCAGCAGCGAGCUCUCAAGGGCCCUAGCCUCCUCGCCAGGCUCAACCUCCAGUGUACACAAUAGCGAAUCAGGCUCAGCCGCCAUUGCCACAAGCACAGGCGCAAGUGCAAACGCAAGCGCAAGCUCAACCGCGAUGAAAGUCCCAUGGCCGUCGAGUAGUAACAUCACCAACGUUCGUCCCACAUCCAUCUCUACCUCCUACAACCACUCCCACUCCUCAUACGCAAACAGUUUUGACAAUGCUGGUGGCGCUGGCAGUUGUAGUAGUAGGAACAGUUUUACCUCCCGACGACGUAGUAGGCCUGGUGCUAACAGCAUGACCUUGGCCGAUGCAGACGGCGAGAGCCUCAGCCGGAGCAUCCGUGAUCAGGAAAUUGAGGAAGCGGAGAAUGCUGUGGACAGCUUUGGGAGUCGGCCUGGUGGAGCAGCUGAAAGGACGGAAAGGGGCUGGGGCUUGGGCGAUGAUGCGCAUAUGGGCUUAAGCUAA